UUACUUGAUAAGCACUGUGACACUAUUACAAUGUCUUGAUGCUAUCACAUAAUUAAACAAGUUAUGAAUUGACUUCAGUAGCCAGAGUUGGCACAUUUGGCUGGAAUAACCUGCAAGAAAUGCAGCCAUCAGUUUGGGAAAAAACUAACUGAAUUAGUACCUCCUACGGUCUAAAUCUUUGCAUCUCGCGUGACUAAGCCGUUAUGCGAUCGCUUUAUGUUAGGUCACGCAUUGAAAGCGUGUCACCAGACUUUUAAAGAUAUAAAGUUGCAGGAAUUCUUCGUGUAAAUCAAAAGUGUCAGUGAAUUUCGGUGAUUUAGGAACAAGUUUUAAAUCUAAAAUGGACGAUGGCAAAGAUACAACAGGUUUGGUGGCUUUUGGUGUAGAACACAGCGUGGAAACGGAUUUCAAUUCGGUGCCACUGAAAACAGGUGAAAGUGUUGACGAUAUUCAAGUGAUUACUGCUGAACCAGUGAGCACAACAAUCUCUGCAUCAUCGUACCUUAGCCCUGCUGUUGGAGGUGCUUCCCCGUCCAGUGACUGCAGCUGUGAGAUGUGCUGUACUAAUUGUAUGGAGUGUGUUAAAUGCUUUUGGGAAAGCCUAUGCUGUUGCUUAGAGAAACCAGAAGAAUGUAAUGAAUGUUUGGAGACAUUGCGAUGUUGUGUUGAUAUUUUGUUAUGUAAUUAAUACAUGUGAAUGAAUACUGGAAAUAUAUGAAAAUCAUAUGUGUGCACUGCG